GACUCUUCACAGAGUUGACUGGAUUCAUUGGUCGGAGCAGCAGGAUUGCGCAUUGGCCCCGCCGCCGUGCAUGCACCUCGUAUCCAGAGGGAAGGGCAACUAUGGAGAAGUAAACCAUUCCCUUCCCCUGAGUUUUUUUUUGUCACGGAGUCAAAUCCCGUGAAAUACUCUUUAUUAUUUUAUUUUUCCCUCUCCGGCGCCUGCUCCCACACCGACCGUGCGGGGAUGCGUCGGCGGCUGUAGGAGUCCGCUUUGGUUGACAAACAGUUUUUUAAAGAAGUUUCCGACGAGCGUCGGACACAGGAAGACGGCAAAAUGUCCACGCCGAGGUUCAAAAAGGACAAGGAGAUCAUCGCGGAGUACGAGAGUCAAGUGAAAGAGAUCCGAGCCCAGCUGGUGGAGCAGCAGAAAUGCCUGGACCAGCAGACGGAAAUGCGGGUCCAGCUGCUACAGGAUCUUCAGGACUUCUUUAGAAAGAAGUCCGAGAUUGAGAUGGAAUACUCCAGAAACCUGGAGAAGCUGGCUGAACGCUUCAUGGCAAAGACUCGCAGCACCAAGGAUCACCAGCAGUACAAAAAAGACCAGAACCUGCUGUCACCGGUCAACUGUUGGUACCUUCUGCUGAACCAGGUCAGGAGGGAAAGUAAGGACCACGCAACACUGAGCGACAUCUACCUCAAUAAUGUCAUCAUGAGGUUCAUGCAGAUCAGCGAGGACUCCACACGGCUACUCAAGAAGAGCAAGGAAAUGGCUUUCCAGCUGCAGGAAGAUUUAAUGAAAGUCCUAAAUGAGCUUUACACAGUUAUGAAAACCUACCACAUGUACCACUCGGAGAGCAUAAACUCUGAGAGCAAGCUGAAGGAGGCUGAGAAGCAGGAGGAGAAGCAGAUCGGCAGGGCCGAUCCCGUUUUCAGCAUACGAAUGGAGGACAAAUACCAGAGGCGCAGCUCUGUGAAGAAGAUCGAGAAGAUGAAAGAGAAGCGUCAAGCCAAGUACUCUGAGAACAAGCUGAAGUCGAUCAAAGCGCGGAACGAGUACCUGCUGACACUGGAAGCGACGAACUCCUCCGUUUUUAAAUAUUACAUCCACGACUUGCCAGAUUUAGUUGAUUGCUGCGAUUUAGGGUACCAUGCCAGCUUGAAUCGGGCCUUGCGGACCUAUUUGUCAGCAGAAUACAACCUGGAAACAUCUCGCCACGAGGGCCUCGACAUCAUUGAAAAUGCAGUGGACAGUCUGGACCCACGGAGUGACCGGCAGAGGUUCAUGGAGAUGUACCCGACAGCCUUCUGCCCACCCGUCAAAUUUGAGUUCCAGCCUCACAUGGGAGACCAGUUGUGUCAGAUUUCAGUGCAGCCACCAGUGAAUGGAGAGCUCAUCCUGAGGUUCCAACAGCUGCAAUCCCGCCUGACUACUCUGAAGAUUGAAAAUGAAGAGGUCAAGAAGACCUCAGAGGCCACCCUGACCACCAUCCAGGACAUGGUAACAAUUGAAGACUACGACGUGUCCGAGUGCUUCCACCACAGCCGCUCCACCGAAUCGGUCAAAUCUACUGUGUCAGAGACAUAUCUCAGCAAGCCCAGCAUUGCCAAGAGGAGGGCCAACCAGCAAGAGACGGAGCAGUUCUACUUCAUGAAAUUCCGUGAAUAUCUGGAGGGCAGUAAUCUCAUCUCCAAGCUGCAGGCCAAACAUGACUUGCUGAAGAGGACACUUGGUGACGGUCACAGAGCUGACUACAUGACCACAAGACAUCCCAAUGGGCUGCUCAAAACGCACACUGUCAACCGGCGGGCUAGACCCCGCUCCGUUUUUAAUGUUAGGUUAUUUAAUGGCAAUAUGGAAGCAUUUAUCAAGGACUCGGGACAGGCCAUCCCCCGUGUGGUUGAAAGCUGCAUUCGCUACAUAAAUCUGUAUGGCCUCCAGCAUCAAGGAAUAUUUCGGGUGUCUGGAUCCCAGUUGGAAGUCAAUGACAUCAAAAACUCAUUUGAAAGAGGAAACGACCCUCUGACAGAUGACGAGAAUAACCACGACAUCAAUUCAGUGGCUGGAGUUCUCAAACUGUAUUUCCGUGGUCUGGAAAACCCUCUUUUUCCUAAAGAGAGGUUCAAUGAUCUGCUGUCAUGCAUCAGAAUAGAGAACCUGUAUGAGAGGGCGCUGUACAUCCGCAAGAUCCUCCUGACCAUUCCCAGAUCAGUCCUCAUUGUGAUGCGUUACCUCUUUGCCUUCCUAAACCAUCUGUCCCAGUACAGUGAUGAGAACAUGAUGGACCCAUACAACUUGGCCAUAUGUUUCGGCCCCACACUCAUGCCCACGCCUGACACCCAAGAUCAGGUUUCCUGCCAGGCUCAUGUAAACGAGAUCGUCAAAACCAUUAUUAUCCACUAUGAGAGCAUCUUCCCUGAUGCCAAAGAACUGGAUGGGCCCAUCUAUGAGAAGUGCAUGGCUGGUGGAGACUACUGUGAGAGCCCCUACAGUGAACAUGGAGCCCUAGAGGAAGUAGACAAUGAAGGAGGAACGGAGACACACACCAGUGAGGAUGAGGGGGAACCCAUCGAAGCCAUUGCCAAGUUCGACUAUGUCGGGCGCUCCUCUCGAGAGUUGUCCUUCAAGAAAGGCGCCUCCCUGCUGCUUUAUCAGCGAGCUUCUGAAGACUGGUGGGAAGGACGGCACAAUGGCAUUGAUGGCCUGGUUCCACAUCAAUACAUUGUAGUACAGGACAUAGAUGAUAGCUUCUCAGACACCCUGAGUCAGAAAGCAGACAGUGAGGCCAGCAGCGGCCACGCUGCAGAAGAUAAAUGCUCAGGAAAAGACAUCAGCUCGCCCACUGACACAAGGAUCUCUGAUGCCUACAUCAGCAGCAGGCACAGGAAAAGAUGCGACCCGCCAUCCCGCCGCCCCCCCGCCCGCCCCAGUGACGUCCACUGCAUGGUGCACGCCUCCCAGCAGGGUCACGGCGGGACCCCAGAGAUGGGCUCUCCAGUCUUGGGCCACUUCAGCCCACGGGACAUGCUGAGAAGUCGCAACCACAUGCCCAUGGACAGCCCCGAGCGACGUCGCCGCACUGGCCACGGCAGUCUGACUAACAUCAGCCGCCACGAGUCCCUAAAGAAGAUGGAGAGCCCACCCAUUCGCCGCUCCACCUCCUCGGGCCAGUACACAGGCUUCACUGACACCCAUCACCACCACGGUGGAAAGGCCCUGGAUCCGGAGACCAUCGCACAGGACAUAGAAGAGACGAUGAACACUGCUCUGAACGAGCUGCGUGAGCUGGAGCGGCAGAGUUCGGCCAAGCAUGCCCCCGAUGUGGUGCUGGACACGCUGGAGCAGCGACAGACGGCUGGCAGCAGCAGCGGCCCGACACCAGCCAGCUCCAGCGAGUCCCUGAGCCCCAUCCACAACGUGAUGCUGAGGUCCACUGCCAACACUGAGCCACCCAUCCGCCGCAGCACCAGCUCCUCCAGCGAUGCCAUGAGCACCUUCAAGCCUGUAGUAGCGCCACGGAUGGGGGUGCAGCUCAAACCCCCCGCUUUGAGGCCCAAGCCCAUGGUCCUGCCCAAGUCCAGCCAGGCUCCGCAGCCUCCUGCCACAUCUGCUCAGGACCCCCUGGACAAGUCCUGCACCAUGUAACCUCUGGACAGGAAGCAGGUCUGGAAAGCAAAACCUCACAAGCCACUUCCAGGGGGCUGUGAAGUCUUACCACUGUCUACAGUUUAGAGACAUGGUACAAAUACUUUUGAAAAGCUUGUAAAAUUCUUGGACUGGGAGAGGAAAAUGUCCUUUGUGGUGUUUUAAAGCUGAAAAUAAGAUUGUGAAGAGGACUCUACAUGAGAGACCCAUGGCUGCGAAGUAGACAGGUUUGUUAGUCAGACUAAUCUGUCGCGGUGAAAGAGCAGAUUUGUUCAGAUCUGUUAAAAUGCUCAGUUUUCUUUUCCCCCCUUUUUUUUGAUGAAUUAAAAACAACAAAUCACAAAGGCUUCCGUGAGAUUUUAAAAAAUGUGUCUGUUAGUUUAGUUCAUUAAGAAACUCUGCAAGCAGCUUCUUAGGUUAUGGCUGAACCUGGAAAGGAGUUUGACGAGAAUCGUAGCAACCGCACUGACACAAACUUUAGGGCUUUUGGCCCUCGGUGGUGUUGAGGAUCCUUUCUCUUUUUGAAAUGUAACUGAUAUCAAACAUUUUAAUGGUGCUGUGGCAACCUGGGCAGAAAUGUUUACACGGUUGUACUGAUAAGGUUCCCAAAUAGCGCUAAACAGUUUAUUUAUUAACGGUACUCUGUUAAUAAAUUGAAAGUAAUGACAUCACUAUACUUUUUUUUCCUACUAGCAUGUAAAUUGCAGUGUUUUACCGAGGCAUACCACCAGAACUGGGCAUAAACACCACCUCUUUGCUAGCCUUGGAUUUUUUAUUAUUUUCUUUUAUUUUUUUAAGAUUAUUUGUUGCCUGGAAGGAGAACCUGUACUGGAUAAAACCACUACUUUAUUGUGAACUUUAUAUAUUUCAGUGCAUCCUUGAAUUUGUAUGUCAAUACCGAAUACUGUAUGUACUGUGUGUCUUUGUAUCUGCAUAAGAAGUGUAAAUAACGAUGACAAACACAUCAUCAUUCAUCCUGGACCACAUGCAACAGCCUUCUGUAUGCCUUCUUUAGCUUUGCGUACCCAAAGACAAGUGUGUGUAAGUUAAAGCAUGGAUGUUGCUGAUGUGUACAGACUCAAGGCAGCGCCCCGCGAGAGUUCUGCCAGUAGCCAUGGACCUCAUGACUGUUAGUGUAAAAUCCUCUUCAUAUGUUCACCCUGCUUUCCUCUGCUUUGCUCUGGGGGAUGUCUGAAUACAGCCCCUCCUGUCUGUUUUAUAUCCAGGUGAGCAUCUCACUUUUUUUUUGUUUUUAAUUGCUCUUGGUUGAAGACUGUGUGUGUGGAUGACAACAAACCAAAUGACAUGGAAGAGUAGGAAGCAGCUUAUGUGAGUCUGCUGUUGAGAAAUAGUUUUAAGAUGCAGAAGCCUCAUAAAAAAUAUGCCACAGUAACUCUGUGCAGAACAAAGUAACUCCUGUGCUGUAGAUAUAACAACUGGGUGCAUGUUUUGAAAUAUCUGGCUUGAAUAAUUGUUAUAUAUAGAAAACAGUUUCUUGAUUAUGCUAUGUUCUCUAACAGCAGAUUUACAAUAUCUUUGACUUGACAAAUACUGUAUAUAAUAAUCAAAAGUUGAUUUCUGAAGUACUAACGUUCAUUAUUUUUAUAAUAAUUUCUUAUUUUUGUUGUUUCUGGGUAGAAAUCAGUUAGAGCCUAUAACGUAGAAGAGAUAAAAGGUGACCCACCUAUAGUAUGAUGCCAGUUGUAUAAAAGAGUGUGCGCUAUUAUUACCAUGUAACAUUAUCAGCAGUAGGAUCGGUUAUGCUGUCUGUAGAGUUUAAGCUACUCUGUAGUGUUAUGUACAUCUGUAAUGUACUUGUGAAAGUGCCUUUGAAAAUGUUUUAGAGGAACUUAAGACAUACUGUCAUGUUGCGUUUUCAUAUAAGAUGCCGUGUUUUUAAGAAAAUGCAGUGCAGGAAGCAGACAACUGUAAAAGGUGAUAUUUUACAACCAGUAACAAGGCAGAAUUAAUAAUUAAUAAACAGCUUACACAUUGUGACGUUGCACUUUUAUGUAUAUUACUGUAAAUAUGGCAUGUAAUAUCAUAACAUCUAGAGUUCUUUCCUUCAAUGAUUUCUUUUAAAUAAAGGAGAUAGUUUGUUGA